AUGGAGCUCAAAUAUUUAAAUACACAGUCGUUUGUCGACUCGUCGUUCUUUGUGAAACUUUCGCAGCUCAAGCUCGACGUUCUGAAGUUGGAUCAGUCGUCCAAGUCCAUUUAUGGCUAUUAUAACUACAAAUCCUUAUCGCCAGGGCAAACCCCCGCGAUUAAUUUGAACGACACCAGUUUUGGUUCCUUGCGCGACUUCGAGUCGCAAUUGCCGGCCAAUUCCGUGUUUGUGUCCAACGGCAGCAUCUUCAACGUCAACACGCUCGAGGAGUUCAAAACCCAGAACAAACUCGAGUUCCUUGUCAAAGCAGGAACUCGUUUGUUAUCGCAAAUCAAAGACCACUCGGUUCUGGACCAGCCCGAACUCCUUUCGCAGUUCUCCAUUUUGUCCUUUGCCGACCUCAAGAAGUACAAGUUCUAUUACUGGUUCGCGUUCCCCACACUCCAUUCGGACUGGGAAGUCGUCCAACAGGACCUGAUCCGCGGAGACCUGCCCCAAGACCAGUUCUCCGUGGUUGUUGACGACAAAUAUUUCCCAUUGUCCAAGCUGAAGGAGUUACCCGUCUCCACGCCAAUCAAAGUCGCCUUCGUGGACACCUCAGCUGUGCAAAACACCUACUCCUAUGCUCUGCGCAACUUCCUCACAAUGCUGGCUAUUUUAGGCUACGAUAACGUCACCGUCCAGAUCCAUCGUGCAAACGCCAGCUCGUUCUGCCAAAUGACCCUCCGGCUGCUUGCCAAGGUGGAAACGCCCAAGAUAUCCGGCUGGGAACGCACGUCUCAGGGAAAACUGGGCCCCAAGCUCGCAGACUUGGGAUCGUUAAUCGACCCGACCCAGCUUGCUGACCAGGCCAUCGACCUGAACCUCAAACUAAUGAAGUGGCGUAUAGUCCCAAACUUGGACCUGGAUCUUAUCAAGUCGACAAAAUGUCUGCUUCUUGGAUCAGGCACUCUGGGCUCGUACAUUGGCCGCGCCCUGUUGGCCUGGGGAGUCCGCAAAAUCACCUUUGUCGACAACGGCAAAGUUUCAUUCAGCAACCCUGUUCGACAGCCGCUUUACAGUUUUGAAGACUGUGUGGACGGUGGACGGCCCAAAGCAGAGGCCGCUGCCAGCGCCAUGAAGCAGAUUUUCCCGCUCGUGGACGCACAGGGCUUCUCCUUGGAGGUCCCGAUGGCGGGACAUCCAGUCACCAACGAAACGAAACAGAAACAGGAUUUCGAUAAACUGUACGAUCUCAUCAAACAGCACGACGUCAUCUUCCUGCUGAUGGACUCUCGCGAAACAAGAUGGCUACCAACGGUUAUUGGAAACGUGGAGAAUAAAAUAGUUAUUAAUGCUGCUCUGGGAUUCGAAAGCUAUUUGGUUAUGCGACACGGGUGUGUCAACCCGGCAGAGCCUCUAGAAUCACAGCAGGAGUCGAGAUUGGGUUGCUACUUCUGCAACGACGUGUAUGCUCCGUCAGACUCCACCACAGACAGAACUCUGGACCAGAUGUGCACUGUGACCAGGCCGGGCGUUGCUUUGAUGGCAUCGUCGCUAGCCGUGGAGCUUUUGGUGUCCAUUCUACAGCAUCCUGACCGCCAGUACGCGGCACACUCCGCAGACGAGUCGUGCACUAUUCUGGGCUCCUUGCCCCACCAGUUAAGAGGCUUUUUACACAAUUUCGAGAUGCUCAAGCUUCACGCAAAGAACUUCAAGUACUGUUCCGCCUGUUCGAUCGCUGUCGUGGAGGAGUUCAAGAAAAACAACUGGGAGUUUGUCAAACAGGCUUUGCAGGACUCCAAGUAUCUGGAGAAACUGACAGGAUUGAGCGACGUUCACGAACAGGCAGAAGAAGCAGCUUUGAACUUUGACGUUUCCGAUAGCGAAGGAGAAUUCGAUUAA